AUGGCCGACCCGUCAACCGGCAUGCAAAUCCCAACAGUGGGAAGAGUGAUCACGAUCACACUCAUGAUGCUGACGACCAUCGUCCUCGCUUUCUGCAUCACCCGCCGCACAACCUCAAUCAACAACUGGCGACGCAUGCAAGUACCUCAAUGGCUAGUCCUCGCCAUCUACACCGACAGCUUGCUCUUCAUCAUCACCACGGCCAUCCUCACAAAAUCCUACAACAUCAACGAGGACGUGCGAAUCUGCGACGGUGCGAUCCUACUGUGCAUUCUCUGCUAUAUGAGCACAAAAGUCCUCCUCUACUAUUUCUUAGUGGAGAAAGUAUUCAUCAUCCGAAACCCAUGGGAGUCUCGCCUCAAAGACAAGUUAUACCUUUUCAACGUCUUCGGUGUGAUAUUGCCAUAUGUGGUUUUGGUAAUCCUCUCAUUCGUCUACCGUAUCGCCUACAUCGGUAAAGAUGGCAAAUGCGUCAUUGGCAUAAACAAGGAUAUCCUAUUCCCUCUGACCAGUUUUGAGAUCGUGUUGAAUAUAUACCUUACCUUCCUCUUCCUCGCACCACUCAAGAAAUUGUACGGCGGCGAAAGCACGCAGAACAGCCAAAGCGAAUCCAAAAUCGCUCUCAAGACAAUGGCCAUGCGCACUUUCAUCGGCAGCUGCUGCACUUUGAUCUCCACGGCCGUAAACCUCGGCGUCCUCGCCGGCCUCGAAGGAGAAAAAGGUUGGAUCUGUCUAAUGCUAUGCAAUUUGGACAUCCUGUUCGCCGUUUCCGUAUUGCACUGGGCGACCUCUCUCGACAAGAGAAUUUCAGAUACGCCUACCGUGGCUACGAAAGACGGAACGGUGAUGACAGAGGGAGAGAGGACGACUAGACAGGGAAGUUGUGUGAGUAACAAGGGGUUGAGGAGUUUGACGGGGAUGCAGAGAAAGGGCAGUGUUGCGUUGACUUGGGAGGAUAUGGAGUUGAACUCUUAUGAUUUCGCGGAGGACAAGUUGGGAGAGAUUAGUGAGGAGACUACGGAGAUUGCGCCCAAGGAUGUCAAGGAUGUGGUUUGAGAGAAAGAUGAUUGCGGCAUGAUCUGACGCCUGGAGCGCGACAUGCUCGCUGGAGGAUUUAAUGUAUAAUCAGAAAAGCGUUUGUAGUGGAAAGGUGGCCUUGAUCCCUGGUGGAUCGGCCUCUUUGAAAAUGUGUUUCUCAUAUUACAUUUUGCCAUCUUCCCUGGUCGUCUAUUAUGCGUUUGAGCCUGCGUUCUUGGUUACGCGCAGUCUACGCGGUAUGGUCUUGGUUCCUGCAUCGGCCGUCCAACGCGAUGGGUUUGAACAUUGACGAUAUUUCAUGCAGGGCGCGGCGU